ACAGAUGCAGUGUUAUGAAAAGAACUUCUAUCUUCCAGAGUAACGUUCUAUUUUAACAAAAUAAAAGCAUAAUAACGAUUAAAUAAAGAGAAUAUCCUUUGUAAUUGGGAAGUUCAAUAGGAAUGGGAGAAGGGAUAAUAAAGAAAAGUUUAGAUUACAAAAAAUACAUUCAAUGACCUUGGUCCAUCUCUCGGGUAACUGCACGAUGCCCUUGCUCCAAAAUGAAUGUUCCUUAUUGGCGAAGAAUUGAUCGUAAUGAAUUCUGAGGGCUCGUGAAAUUGAAACGAACUUUCCGAACGAUCUAAUAUGUACACGUAUAUAGAUGUAUGUAGAUCUACAGGCACGUGCCUUCAGUAUACAUAGUUGAAAGUGUUUAUGCUGCGCUUGACCCCAUUGCGAAAGGCGGAAGGCAAAUAAUCAGUUACGAUCGCUCUUGUCUCGAGACAGAGUAUAAAGAAAUCGAUGACUGGACAGGUUUCAGACGAAAGCAAUAAACCAAUCUGUCAGUCAGUGGAUCUUAUUUGACAGAAUAAGGAUACCGUAUUUUUCUCAUGGUUCGAAUACGAACUUUAUGUUGAAAACGUGCGAGCAUGCGAAUGAUCGACGAGAGGUCGGACGAUACAAUUUCGAGCGAAUGCCAAAUGGACCGCGAUCGAGGAUUUUCCAGCUUUCAGCCUCUGAUCAUCCCCACUAUACAGGUGGGACCCAUCCGACUUACCUGGAAACCACGCCUCAAAGUCCUGUGCCUACGGUUGGAGGUGGUCGUGUUUUUGGGCAGCUCUGGGCCGUGCACGACGCACGCACAUUGUCACUCGCGUGAACGCACUCGAGUGGGUCCGUCCGAUCGUGCGGAACUGUCUUCCCAGGUGACAACCUGCAAUCCAUUCCGAAAGAGAACACCCUUUCCGAGAGCCGAUUCUCACCUGCUUAACAAUCCGAUCAGGCCGAGCACGUGCACUCGAGAAAACAUGAUCAUCAGGCAUCAACGAAACAAUAUCCUGCUCGUAGCAUUACAUUUCUUCAUGCAAGUACUCGACAUCCACGGCCAUGGAAGAUUAAUGGAUCCGCCUUCAAGAAAUGCAAUGUGGCGGUUCGGCUAUCCGAAUCCAGUCAAUUAUAAUGAUAAUGAGCUUUUUUGCGGUGGAUACGCAGUGCAUUGGGAGCAGAAUAAAGGCAAGUGUGGCGUUUGCGGAGAUGCAUAUCACUCGAGUCAGCGUCCACACGAAGCCGGUGGCGAGUUCGCAAAUGGGAUCAUCGUUCGACACUACACCUUGGGGCAGGAAAUCGAGGUGGAAAUAGAAUUAACAGCCAAUCAUUAUGGAAGAUUCGAGAUGUAUCUUUGUCCUAAUAACGAUCCGUCGCGCGAAGCAACUCAGGAGUGUUUCGAUUCUUAUCCUUUGUACGUGUCCGGGACGCAGGACGUCCGUUUUGAAAUUCCGCACGACACAGGAAAGAAGGGCAUCAUUAAGUACAUGGUAACGUUACCAUCGUACAUAACGUGCUCGCAAUGCGUCAUUCAGUGGAACUAUUACACAGGAAACAUGUGGGGCACCUGUGAAAACGGUACAGAAGCCGUCGGAUGUGGAAGACCAGAAACUUUCCGGAACUGCGCCGACGUGAGCAUCGUCACCAGUACCGGUGGGAUACCACCGCGAUUUUUGUAUCAGAAUAUUCUUUACGAGCUGUAUUCGAUAGGUCCAAAAUACUCCACCGCGCCGUUCGCACGGCCAUUGAGAGUUCAAGUGUGCGAGCCAACUGCGGCUUAUCGAUACAGGCAGAAUAUGACCAAUUGGUGUCAAGUGAAUUGCAUUCGCAUCCCGUCGAACUGUCCGCCUGGUGUCUGUCACUGCCUGAACACUUGCGACGCUAUUGGAGAUAUCGCUGAUAAACCUGGAGCGGACCAAUAUUGCCUGAGACGUUGCAUGCGUUAUCCGUCGAAUUGUCCGAUUGAUCGCUGUAACUGUUAUUGAAACUGUAAACCAUGACCGGUAUUGACAUUCUACAUACAACGUUAAAUGUGGGAUGUGAAUAUGCAUAAGUAUCGUCGAAUUAAUAAAAAGUCUGAUCGUAAUAUGAGUAAUUUCGCAGCUUACUAAAAAAA